UCGCUUUUUAUCAUUUUAUGCGACCAAAACAAUCCACUGGAAGACAAGGCCAAGCCAUAGAGAGAAGGUCAAGAUUCAUUUUGGUGAGGAAGUAACCACAAAGAUAGCAACAAAAGAAAAGCAGCAGGAGGCUUUUUAAUUCUCUUGCCAUCAAAGCUAUAUUAGACAUGGCAGAUGAUCAAUUCCAUGCAAGUGGGAACUGGUGGGACGCAUCGAGGAAUCGGUACGAGAGUGGGACGUCGUCGUCCUCAUCGUCGGGGCUGAGCUCUCUGGGGAGCUUCGGUGGGUGGCUCACAGACAUGGGCGGUGACAUGAAAGCUGCAAGGUCUUCAAUGGAGUCUGCAGGCGGUUCUUCAGUGGUUUUUCAUGAUACCCAGAAGCUGCAACCCCACAACUCUGCUGUUUUGGGCGACACUAGUGGAUCUUUGGUUGACCCCAAUUUGCAUAUGAUGAAUUUGGGCCUCUCUUCUCAAGCCAUGGAUUGGAACAACCAAAACUUAUUAAGAGGAGAUCAUAAGGGGACUGAGAGCAGCUUUCGGUCGAUGCUUCAGGAGAACUUGAACAUGAACGCAAGCUUCCAGAGCACAAACACAGGUGAUCACAGUAGUACAGUGACAUGCCAAGGUUUUCAUCACCAGAUUGCUGAUUCAUCACCCUCCUCCUUGUACGGUAGUCCUUCAACUUUCUUGCAAGGAAUAUUGACUGGAUCAUCAGAAAGCAGUCAACAGCAACAGCAAAAUGUGAAUUAUCCUGGUUAUAACCCAUCAGGCUACAAUGCUCAGAGCUCUAGUGAGCUCUUGCCUUCUAAUUGGUCCAACAAAAUGCCUCAGUUCUUGAGAAUCUCACCGCCUAAGCACCACCCCCCGCCGUUGCCUCACCACCAGAGUCAGUUGCACUUCUCCAACAACGCGCCGUUCUGGACCGCGUCCGCCACAGCGAUGAACGAUGUCCGGUCCACGACAACCACCACCUACUUCCCCCCAUCCCAAGCCCCAUUCGCCCCGCCGGGCUUCGAUGAGAAACCAAAGAAUUUAACGGAGGCUGCCAAUCCGGGCGCCGUGAUGAAGAAAAGCGGCGGUGAGCCUGCUGGGAAAAGGCCGCGAAACGAGACCCCCUCGCCAUUGCCAGCUUUUAAGGUGAGGAAAGAGAAGAUGGGGGACAGAAUCACUGCGCUCCAACAAUUGGUUUCGCCUUUCGGAAAGACUGAUACGGCCUCAGUGCUCACUGAAGCCAUUGAGUACAUCAAGUUCCUCCACGACCAGAUCAGUGUUCUAACUACCCCAUACAUGAAAAAUGGAGGUGCCAUGCCACAUCAGCAGACUCCUGAUAAAUCUGAAGACCCAGAGGGGCCUAGACCAGAUCUUAGAAGCCGAGGUCUUUGUCUCGUGCCGGUCUCAAGCACCUACCCAGUCACACACGACACAACCGUCGAUUUCUGGACUCCUACAUUUGGGGGAACAUUCAGAUAAUUCAAAUCGACAGAUCGUCCCCCGAAAGAAAAACAACGUCUUGACACUCACUCGACAAGAGGGGCUAAUCGGUUUCCACACCUCAGCUGAGGAUGGAUGUCGAUGACGAUGGCGAUGCAAAAGAGGAGAAUCAGAAGACCCCGGAUGUGGCCCCUGAUUAUGCAAUUUUAUAUAGUUUGAAAUGUAAAGAAAUAACCCAGGACAUAAAUGGAGGAGAGGAAGGGAUGAAAAGGAAUGGCAAUCCAAAGGAGAGGCCAUUGUUGGGCCAGCCAUGGGCAUAAGAAACAAAAGAAGAAAAGCAACAUUUGUACUAAUAAUUGAGGAAUUAUUGUGAUUUUGGGGUUGGUUUAGUAGGGGGAUGAGAACAGGUGCUAAUUUGUAGGGCAGGGAGGGGUUACCUUUAUAGGAACAUUUUGUUGUCAUUAGCCGAGUUUAGUACAAGAAAAAGGGAGAGAGAGCCAGGAAAGGAGCUUCUUUUAAUUAUUCCUGUUGUUUCUCUGCAUUGUGAAUAGAGCUGGCAUUACCUUUAUUUUA